CCUUUUGGGAGUGGCUUCAGUUGUAUAGGUCCAACCCCUUAAAAAACACAAAACAUGUAGCUAAAAUCCUGUUACAUUUCUGAGAAAAUCUCAGCAAAUGCUGCAUAUAAGAAACAACGAAUUUCUCUUAAGCUCUAAAACCAAUUAAGUAGAGAGCUGACCACUCACAAUUCACAACAGCUCAGCAGAACUGAGCACAAGCAACCUGGAUUUUUAAGAUUGUCCACGCGCUGCUGCCAUCGGGAAAUAGAAUUAGAAGCCCACGCAUCAUUAUAUAUCGAUAAAGGAAGGACACCCAUUCUACCGAGAACAUGGAGUGGGAAGUAAACGCUUGAAGGAACAAAGCUGUUCAACAGUAUUGGAUCAGUUCUUAAGGUCUCAAUAUUGAAAGACAAACCACCAAGCAUGGAGGCCUCUGCUAUACUGCCUAUACUGAAGAAAAGAUUGGCUUUUCUGUCAGGAGGGAAAGACAGACGGAGUGGCCUAAUACUGACGAUUCCUCUUUGUUCAGACCAGACAAGUAUGGAUGAGCUCAGCUCCACGCUGGACUAUUUACUUAGCAUACCAAGUGAGAAGUGCAAAGCUAGAGGAUUUACUGUGAUAGUUGAUGGAAGAAAAUCACAGUGGAAUAUAGUCAAGACAGUGGUGUUAAUGCUGCAGAAUGUUAUUCCUGCUGAAGUCUCUCUGGUUUGUGUUGUGAAACCUGAUGAGUUUUGGGACAAGAAAGUUACCCAUUUCUGUUUCUGGAAAGAAAAGGACAGACUAGGUUUUGAGGUUAUUUUAGUCUCUGCCAAUAAACUGACUCGGUACAUUGAGCCAUGCCAGCUCACUGAAGAGUUUGGUGGCAGUCUCCUCUAUGACCACAUGGACUGGCUAAACAAAAGAUUGGUAUUUGAAAAAUUCACCAAGGAGUCCACCUCUCUUCUGGAUGAGCUUGCUUUAAUCAAUGCGAAUGAGAAAGGCAACCAGCAAGACAAAGAAAGACCAGCAGAUUAUAACUUUCUACCCUCAUUUGACCCAGAAACUGUUCUACAGACCGGCCAUGAGCUGCUCUCAGAACUGCAGCAGCGGCGAUUCAAUGGAUCAGAAAGUGGUGUAUCCUGGUCUCCCAUGGAUGAUGAGCUACUGGCUCAGCCACAAGUGAUGAAGCUGCUGGACUCCUUGAGGGAGCAGUAUACUAAAUACCAGGAGGUUUGCAGACAGAGGAGUAAACGCACCCAGCUUGAAGAGAUUCAGCAAAAAGUAAUGCAGGUUGUAAAUUGGCUGGAGGGCCCUGGUACAGAACAACUUAGAACUCAGUGGGGAAUUGGAGAUUCCAUUAGAGCUUCCCAGGCUCUACAGCAGAAACAUGAGGAAAUUGAGAGUCAGCACAGUGAAUGGUUUGCCGUGUAUGUGGAGUUGAACCAGCAGAUUGGUGCCCUGCUCAAUGCGGGAGAUGAAGAAGACCUGGUGGAACUGAAAGCCCUCCAGCAACAGCUGAGUGACGUGUGCUACCGUCAGGCGAGCCAGCUGGAGUUCAGGCAAAAUGUCCUGCAGUCAGCCCAUGAGUUUCAUGGAAUUGCUCAAGAUUUGUCACAGCAGUUAGACGGUUUACUUGGUAUGCUUUGUGCAGAUGUUGCCCCAGCUGAUGGAGCAGCAAUUCAACAAACAUUAAAAUUGCUAGAGGAGAAACUGAAGAGUGUUGAUGGUAGUCUACAAGCCCUGAGGGAAAAAGGUCAAAUUCUUUUAGAACAAAUUUCCAACCAGACAUCCUGGUCAUAUGGAAAGGAUACCACUAUUGAAAACAAAGAGAAUAUUGAACAUAUCCAAAGUGUAAUGGAGGAUAUGCAGCUUCGGAAACAAAGAUGUGAAGAUAUGGUGGAUGUAAGGAGAUUAAAAAUGCUUCAGAUGGUACAGCUUUUUAAGUGUGAAGAAGAUGCUUCACAGGCAGUGGAAUGGUUAGGUGAGCUGCUGGAUGCCCUUUUGAAGACCCAUAUCAGACUAGGAGAUGAUGCGCAGGAAACAAAAAUAUUACUGGAAAAACACAGGAAAUUUGUCGAUGUUGCACAGAGCACUUACGAUUAUGGCAGACAGCUGCUCCAGGCCACAGUGGUCCUGUGCCAGUCCCUUAGAUGUACCACCAGGUCUUCAGGAGACACCCUCCCACGAUUAAACAGAGUGUGGAAACAGUUCACUGUCACGUCUGAGGAAAGGGUCCAAAGACUAGAGAUGGCCAAUGCAUUUCAUGCUGCUGCUGAAAAGAUUCUGAAAGAAUGCCCAGAACAGUGUGAAGCAGGCUUUGACUUAGAAACAUAUGAAGAAGUUGAAGCAGUUGGAAAAUCUCUUCUGGAUAGAUUAACAGUGCCCGUUAUUUUCCCUGAUGGAAGUGAGCAGUUUUUUGGGAGUCCUAGUGAUAUGGCUUCAUCUGCAGAACACAUCAGAGACAAGAUGAAGCUUGUUGAACUGAAAAAGCUACAGCAGGAGGAGGUCCAGCAGCAGGAGGAACAGCCAGAGAGUGCUUCAGAAGACAGCUAAUAGUGUCUCCUAUGUCACCCGAUAAGGAGCCUCAAUCUGCAAGUCAGCAUGGCAUCUCAUGGUCAUAAGUCCCAGCAUAUAAUACACUAGAAAGUAUUCCCUAGCUACAGGGGAAAACCUGUACUUCCAUGUGCCUGUAACCUGGAAUUCUGUGUGCGUUACUGCACUUCUUUCAUCAUAAAAAUACACCUUGCCAAGCCAUAUUAACUUACCGUGUGCUGUUAAAGAUAAUAGGCUCCUUCAUUUAUAUUCUAAGAAAAAAAAACUACAGACAUUGCACUGAACUUCCCUGAAAGCUUUACCUGGCCUGUCAUCUGUUGGCUGCUAACAGUUGACUCAAGCUUUGAAAGGUGCUACUUAAAAUGUAGAAUGUCCAAGCACCACUUCUGUCCUCAUUAUUAUCUGGUGCUGUAGAACUUUUAGGCCUUAGGCAAACUUCCUGUUUGUAGACAGUAAGAAAUGUAUUUUAUAAGUUUUGUCUUAAUUUGUAAUACCUUAAAUUGUUGCUGCAUCUUUUUUAUUGUGCCAAUACGCAACCUAUCCUGAAGGCCUUUGAUACUGGCAUAAACUGCCUAACCUGCUGUUUUUAAGUAUCAACUGUAUAUUAAGCAGAUGUUUGGCAAAAUAAACCUGCUUUUUAAAAUUAUUCUCUGAUUGCUGUGAUACUCAAGUGCAUCAAGAUACAAUGUAGAGACAAAGCUUUAAUGCCUGAUAAUUAGAAGUGUAAAAGCUUUGUUUCAAUGAAUAAAACAUUAAAUGGGAAUUCAUUUCCUUUUCAUAAUUGUGAUUCUAUAAUAUGCGCUUCUUGCGUCUUGAAGCAUGCUGUUAAAUAUUUUAUUUUUUUUAGUUUUGUUAUGUUCUGCUGCAAUUUUUAAAGUUUUGAUACCUUUGGCAUGAUCAGUCAUGUUUGCACAAAUGUGUUUGGUUAAGAUUUGGGUCAGUAGAAAUAAAUGAACAAACAUUGGAACAACCAAAUUGAAAGCAUGCUUUUCCUUUUCUGUUAGAUUCCUCAUUGAUUUAGUAGAUAGAGCUGAGGAAUGUCUAGGGUACUUGUAAACAAGAUACAGUUAAAGUUACUGAAAAUAUACAUAUUAAUUACUUGAAAUGAUUAAUGUAAUUUUAUACUAAUUAGUGAGUUCUUGUGAUAUUUUGGGGUAUUGUUUCCUGAAAUUCAUUUCAUAUUGUGAUAACAUUGUAGUAUUGCAUAGGAAAUCCAAUAUUUCCAAAAUUGAGGCAUGGCAAGUGCUUGUGUAUGGUUGAAAGGUAGUGGAUAAGUCACCAUGUUUAGUCACAGAAUUAACUGGGGCACCAUUUUACUUUCACCAUUUACAUUUUUAAAAUUAAAAGCUCAAAUUUGGAAAUACUGGAGUUCCAGCUUUUUCAUACCAUGUUAUGUUUAGGUAUGGUAGUAAGUAAAACAAUGUAUUUUUGCCACUUUAAGGCAUUGUGUGACGCAUGGCAAAUACGGUACACAGGAUAUUGCUCUUGCAUUGGUUUUCUUGAUUAAAUAUGAGACCCAGUUAUAAAAUGUAGAGAACAAUAACUCAUGUAGACAUUUUGUAAUUACUUUUGUUAAAGUUGAUGACCUUAAUGGAAGCUGUCUUCUUUUGAAUGUAAAGUAGGCUCCAGAAGUAUUAGGUCUUCAUAAAGUAAGGCAUUUUAUUGAUCAAAAAUGCUUUGUUGGACUGUUUUGAUGAAGCAGUUUGAAAUCUGCAAAUGUUUGACCUAGAAAAAGGCUGCUAGUGAAAAAUGGCAAAUGGUAAUUGCUAUAAUAAACAUUUCAAGUGAGAGCAGUUAGAUGUUAGAAAUUAAGUGGUAAAGGAGUGAUGCAUGAAUGUUCUCUGGAUCAUUUUAUUGUGGCUGCUGCAACAUUUUUGUGAAAUACAAUCUUAAGUGAAUAAGAAUUUCAAUUACAAUAGAUCCUAAUAUCUCUGGAGCCCACUAAUAAUGCACUGAUAUAAUACAGUCUGUGUUAGCAAAAUAUAAUUCCUAACUCUUCCUAAAUUUAAAAUACAGCUGUACAAUGUUUAAAAGAACUUUGGAGUUUAUUUUAAUUAGUCAUAACUAAUCACCAUGUGGAAGUUGUGUACUAUCAAAUACUGGGUUUGGACGCUAGAGGUUUUUUGCAUACACUGUAAAUCUGAUGAAAGGAAUAUGAAAUGAUGGUUUCAACAUCCUA